AUGGCUUCAAAAAACGCCAGAUCUGAUCUCGAUCCUUCGGGCACCAAAAUCAAAAAGCGACUUCGAUUUCGCUCCGAAAUGCGCCUGACUGUAUAUACUCAUUUGGUCCCUGUAAUAAGCGAAUACUUCUCGCUGCUUGAAUACUACACGGAAAUUCUUCUAUCCGGUCCAGUCAGGCUUUUCUUUUCUGCGCGACGAAUUUCAAUGUACGAUUUAGCAAAGACACCUGACGACGAGACUUGUCAGACAUUUAUGAUGAUUGACCAUUCUGUAAUGGAAACAGAAAACUAUCGCAAAACUGUUCGGAAAUCGCUUGCCCACAUUUAUGGAAACAUAGAAGCGAUAGAAGAAAGUGGAGCAUACGUCCUUGAGGAUUAUACAAGCGGGGGAGAAGGUGAAAUAUCGCUGAGCAAAGGGGAUCGUCUCAAUGUCAUAAUGCGCGAGCCAACUGGAUGGUGGCUAGUUGAAAACUACGAAACUGGAGAAAGCGGCUGGGUCCCUGCAAGCUACAUUCACGAAGAGUCAAGAACGUCGACUACUGAAUCUUCUCAAGGUCUUGAGAAUGGCAUAGAGAAUAAAGCUUUCAUCAAAAAUAAUGACUACCUGGUAACUGAGAAGUUUCGAGCAACAAACGAUAAAGAACUAUCCGUGGAGGAAAAUUGCAUAGUUAGUGUUCUUGAGGAGAAUGUUGAUGGAUGGUGGCUUGUCAGAUACAAUGGAUCGAAGGGACUGGUACCAGCGAUGUUUUUACGCAAAUAUGACGAUCCUAUCAAAGACAUUGGAGUGAAUCUUCGCAAGACACUUAACCUAUGA